AUGAACAAUCCUUGCAUUGGAUGCAGUGAGAGGGAAAUGCAAGCCCUCCUUGCAUUCAAACAAGGCCUCGUGGAUGACGACAAUCGCCUCCUUUCAUGGGAAAGACUAGUGCAAAACAAAGACUGUUGCCAAUGGGACGGAGUCUACUGCAGCAACCACAUUGGCCAUGUUGUUAAGCUUGAUCUUGGAGACCAAUCUUUGCAAGGUACGAUUAGUCCUAAACUCGUUGAGUUGCAGGAUUUGGAGUAUCUGAACCUUAGUUUCAAUAAUUUCAGUCGUAGCCAAAUUCCAGAUUUCAUUGGAUCUCUAAAAAAUUUAAGAUACCUGGAUCUCUCUUCUGCAAAUUUUGGAGGUGAAAUUCCAUAUCAACUUGAAAACCUUACACAUUUGGAAUAUCUCGAUUUAGGACACUCUAUUAAUCAUGCAAACAACCUCAAUUGGCUCUCUAAUCUUUCUUGUCUAAAAUACUUCGACCUCAGUUAUACUAAUCUCACCGGUGUUGUUGGUUGGCUGGAAGCAGUUAAUAUGCUUCCUAAAUUAAGAAACUUGAUAUUACAGGGGUGUAAUCUUCCUCCUCCAAUUAUAUCAUCUGUUUCUGUUAUGAACUCUUCUAAAUCUCUUGUUCAUGUCGAUCUCUCCUACAACAAUCUUAAAUCUUCAAUCUUCCAAUGGUUGUCUGGUACUCAUACCAACCUUGUUGAUCUUGAUCUAUCUAGGAACAAUUUCAAUGGUUCCUCAAUUCCUGAUUAUUUCGGAAACAUGAACUCUCUUGCAUAUCUUACUCUCCCUGAUAGCAGACUUAAAGGAGGGAUCCCGAAUUCCUUCGCCAAGUUAUGUAGGCUGCGAGAGUUGGACCUUUGGGCUAAUAGUCUUAGUGGACAACUUUCAGACUUUGUUGAAACAUUGUCCAAAUGCGCUCAAAUGACAUUGGAGCGUUUGGAUAUCUCUUACACUAACAUUUCGGGUUCAUUGCCUGAUCUUACGAACUUCUUAUCAUUGAAAGACUUGUCUCUCAGGGGCAAUAACUUAAGUGGAAGAAUACCUGAAAGUAUUGGACAAAUGUCCAAGCUGGAGACUAUUUAUUUUGGUCGGAAUUCUUUGGAAGGAGUGAUUUCAGAAAGUCAUUUUUCAAAACUCUCCAAAUUAACUUAUUUGGAUUUAUCAUCUAACUCACUACUUUUAAACUUCAGUUUUAAUUGGAUUCCUCCCUUCCAAUUGCGAGACAUAAAGUUGAAGUCUUGUAAGAUGUGGCCGUCGUCUUUCCCAAAAUGGCUUCAAACUCAAAAAAAUUAUACAUUGCUUGAUAUUUCUGAUGCUGGAAUUUCUGAUACCAUUCCAAGUUGGUUUUGGGAUUUGUCACAAAAAUUAAAGGUUAUGGAUAUCUCUCACAAUCAAAUGAGAGGAACAGUGGGAAAUAUUAGAUUGGAGUUUGCAUCUCCCCUAGAUUUGAGUUGGAACCAAUUGGAGGGUCCAAUCCCUUCAAUUCUAUCAAAAGUUUUAGCUCUAGAUCUCUCCCAUAAUAACUUUUCAGGGGCAGCUUCUAUUUUGUGUGCAACCGAGGAUAGUAAUUUAACCUUUCUUGAUCUCUCAAGCAAUCAUGUAUCUGGAGAACUUCCGGAUUGUUGGAUUCAUUUUAAAAAAUUAGUCUUUCUUGAUUUGAGCAAUAACUCUUUAUUUGGAAAAAUUCCCACCACAAUGGGGUACUUGUUUAGUAUCGAGACACUAAGACUAAGUAACAACAGAUUUGUGGGAGAGUUGCCUUCACAAUUAAAGGAUUGUACAAAGUUGACACUUUUUGAUCUUGGGGAAAAUAACUUAUCAUGCUCAAUACCUGAAUGGUUAGGGGCUAGUCUUCCAAAUUUGGGUAUCUUAAUCCUUCAAGGUCAAAUACCUCCAAGGAUUGGAAUGCUGCAGGAGUUAGAUUCCCUUGAUUUAUCAAGAAACCAGAUUAAUGGCAGAAUUCCAAAAAGCCUAUCUUGGAUAGAUCGUAUUGGUUACUUGGACUUGUCAGAAAACGACUUGUCUGGAAAAAUUCCAAUAGGCACUCAGCUCCAAAGCGUUGGUCCAUCUUCUUAUGGUGGAAAUCCUCUACUUUGUGGACUGCCACUUCUAAGGACAUGCACUGAGGAGGAAAAAGGUCUAGGACAAACUGUGUUGGUGAAUCAAGACGAUAAAGAUGGGCUCAUAACGCAAGGAUUUUACAUCAGCUUGGGGCUUGGGUUUGCUAUUGGAUUUUGGGGAGUUUUUGGCACUCUUCUAUUCAACAGAUAUUACAGAACAUAA